CUUAGCAAGCCACUUCUUCUUCUAGUAGCUUCACCAACAACUGGUGUUUCCAAUAUUGUCAAUAACUGCAGAGCUCUGUCAAUAUCACCUUUGGUAAAAGCUUUAAUCAUUGACGACAACAAUAUAACAGUUAAAAUGCUUUUAAAGAUUCUUACUAAAGAAUUUGGUCAUCUUACUUCUUGCACUGCGAGCGGCAAAGAAGCUCUUAAUAAAUUAUCACUAGAAACUUUUAAUAUAAUAUUUAUGGAUAUAGACAUUCCAGAACUUUUCGGCAUAGAAACAACCUUAGCUAUACAUUCCACAGGUUCUAAAGUGCUUAAAAACAAUCAACAAAUACCAAUAAUAGCUUAUAUUACAAAUCCUUGGAAAGACCAGUAUUUUAAAGCAGGUAUGAAUGGUUGGGUUGAAAAACCAGCAAGUCAAUCAACUGUUAGGCAAGAAUUAGACAGAGUUAUGCUUCUCAACAAAGGUCUUCAUGCUAUUUCCUAG